AUGGCCGACGCUAAAGAUGGCAACAGUGGUGGCGACCAUUCAUCGGGGGAGUAUAGCGGUGUCGUCCAACAUGCUCAGAUUGCACGUCUAACACCAGCAUUCGAUAUGGACCCCUUGCACGAACAGCAGUAUUUCGAUGCCUUCAUAUUCGUGUUGAACUUCGUCAACCAAAGCCAAAGACCAAACGCCCAGCUGGAUACUACCAAAGCCUUAAAACUAAGCAUGAUGACCCAACAACUGUUAUUAAAAAUGAGUAUGCUCCUGAGACUGAAAUGCAACCUUGACGUUAUUAGAGGCAAGUUUGAAAGGUUCUGUCAUGAUGAGCAUUUGGGGGACUGUCGUUCUGUUAUCAAGGACUGCUCUAGAGGGACCAUGAUAUCAUUCACCCAGCAUAUGUACGAUAAAGGCCGGGUGAGCAAGAGGGGUGCAAUGACACAAUACAGAGCACAGUUUGGAAUGCUAUACAACAAAGAGAAUGGCCGUCUGAUCGAUACUAAUGAUAGAAAGGAGGUCCUAAAAUACGUUGACACGCUUCCGUUGGACAGGACUGUCAAGUCGAAGCCUGUCUUAAGGGUAGACAACCUCCUUCUUUUGCUCAACUGCCACUGGGCCUGUGACAAAUCUGUAUACUGUAUGGAGCGACAAUAG